AUGUGGCCAAAAUUUUCUAGGAGGAUAGAUGCCAUCAAGCAGCAAAUUCUGUCCAGCCUGGGCAUGAAAACGCCACCUGUUGGAAUUGGCCAGAACCUCUACACACCUGAGCAGAGAGACAGAAUGAGACAAGAGUUUGCCAAGGCCAAUAACCCUGGUGAUCAGCCAUUUGCACAGAGCCAUGAUAAGCCUUGUGAAACGCUUGUGGAGAAGACACAGAGCUUCAUCCCACAGUGUGAUCCGCCCAGGAAGUUCAGCAAUGAAGCUUGGACCAGAGAUGGAGCAUUCAAUAUUUAUUUCAAAGUGGCGCCAUCUCCACAACAACGUUCAAAAGUGCGCAGAGAAGUGGUGCAAGCUACUCUGCAUCUUUUCAAGAUAUCACUGGACCCAGAGGAGCAACUGAAGGCCAUUGCCAAUGAUCAAAUCAGGACCAAUUGGACGCAGGAAUUCCAUAAUUUCCGACAGCUCAUGAAAGUCAACGCUUUGAAAGUCAAAGAAAGCCACCAACUCAAGGUUUCCAUCCAUCAGUACGUUUUCCGGAGCAAAAAGGGAACCCGAGGCUCAAAGAAAAGCCGUCCAUUGGUGAGCAGGAUUGUGAGUUUGGAAGACAGUGGAUGGCUGGCCUUCCCCAUAGAACCCAAGGUUGUGACCAGAUGGAUGGAACAAAAAAAGAACCGAAAUUUUGGACUCACUGUCACAGUUCAAGCUUGGAACAUCAACAACCAUCACACUCAGCCCACUUACAUGCUUAAUCCCAAUGUCAUCUUCAGUCACAAGGACUGCUCAAGCAAGCAACCAGUGAAAGAAACAGCGUUGCCCGGGUUGCUGGAACGGGUAGCAGUGACCGACUCGCAGAACCACGUCCGAGUCGCCCGUCGCACCUACCCAACCCUGGACGUCAAGUACUUCGAAGUACCCCUCAAUCCGGACACAAUAACAGACUCGGCGCCGUUUCGAGUCGGCCUCACUGCCACCGCCGCCGCCGCCGCCGCGGCAACGGGCGCCGCUGCAGAAGACGAAGCAUUGUUCAAUAAUGCCGACGCCUGGGAGACGACGACAACAAACACGGUGGCGGCAGUGGCGGCGCUGGAAGCUGGCUCAUCAUCAUCAGACGGGAGUCAUCGACACCAGCACCAACAGGACCAGGGUGUGAAUAACAGCAGGGACAUGGACGACACGGAUGAUGACUUGGGGGACUACGGGGAAGGCACCGUGGCGGCGGCUUCAGGCGGCGGCGGCGGCGGGCCGACUACUGAUCAGCCGCCGCGAGUCGUGGUGGACGCCGCUCGACACACGGGUCCCAGAAGAAUCAGCAAAGCUUGGACGUCCAGUGAAGAAGGAAAAUCCGAUUCUCAAACUACGCAAAUCACUUCAGAUGAAUUCAAUAAUCACCAAAAUCAUCAACAACAUCAGAAAAAAUUACUGGAGGAAUCCCGGGAAUCCAAUAAUAAGGCAGCCAGUAAUGAUUGCUUAUUAGACACCAACAAUUUGCCUUCCUCACAGCAAUACCCAAACUAUUACCAGCAACAUCAGUCACCCGAACAACAACACCAAGAACAAGAACCUUUGCAUCACAAAGUCCGGCAUCAAAGAUCCAGGAAACGAACGGGAAAACUGCCAAAAAGUGACGCCAAUUCCGACGAAUUGGCUCAGUUCGCCAGCACUUAUUCGGACGAGACUUCCGUCAAGAAUGACUUUCUAACCGAUACCUCGAAUCCAGUUUUUGUGUAAAACAAAAAAAGAAAAACGAAAGAGCUUUGAAUCCGGUUUUCUCAUUUAGUGGUUGAAGUUUAAUGUAUCUUGUUUGUGCUUUUUUUAUAAUUUUUUUUCGUUCUUGUCCCCGGCGAAGAAAAUAAGGAAACGAAUGCGCAAAAAAAAUCCGGUUAUUGAUGGCGUUUAUUAUCCGCUGAAGGAAACACGGUGCGAAUUUAUGAAAAGUAGCUUUCCUUGAAUUACUAUCUAUUCAUGUUUUUUUUUAACGAAGCUUCGGUAUACUGUGAAUUUUGAGGACUUCAUCGAUGAUUUUUUUUACAUGUAUAGAACGCCAUUAUUUUUGUUUUGAUCUUUAUACAAGACCGUUCUUCUGGGCGUGUUUCUACGAACUUUUCAAACUUUAUAUAGUUGCCAAGAAAAAUAAUGCGGAUGAACAAUGGGUAUAGUCUGUAAAUUGUCUGCAAAUUUUGAAGCUUUGUUGGGAUUAUCGGCUCAAGUUCAACACCAUCACUAUAGAAUAAUUCAUUAUUCAAAAAUUCGAAUCUGGACUGGAAUAAUUUAUAUUUUGGAACAUUUCAUGGAAUCAAUAAUUUUUUACCUGAAUUUCAGUGGAAUAAUGUAUUUGGGCAAUUUUUGAAUUCUUACCCAACUCAUUUCAUUGAAAUAUUGUAGUUCACCUUUAUAAAUUCGUCACUUGCUGGUAGACCCCAAAAAUAAAAAAGGGAUGAACUUCUGAUACUUCAUGUAAAUUUAAACUGCGGUUGAAAAAAAUCUUUCAAAAUACUUGGCAGCUGAAAACUAAGUGCAACCUUUAAAAAUUGUCUUCUGCCUAUUCAAAGCACAAUUCAUUCAAAAUAUUGUAGACCCCAUAAUUAAAAAGUCAAUUGACCUUCUGAUAUUUGGUGACAAGACUGAACAGGGUCAUUCUCACAGGUUCAUUUGUAAUUAUUUCAACAAGACGGUGGAAAUAACAAGGGUUGUGCUAAUUUAAAAAAUAUUGUCCUCAAAGUUUGAAAAGAACAGAACUGACCUGUUCAACUUCCUCUGAUGUGUCAUCAUGUGUUCAUUUGAAAGAGAAAAAUUGGCAACAAACGAAUUGUUUUGCUGACAAACAUCCUCAUUUUAAGUUAUUUGUUAUUUGCAUUAUGUUUCUUUUUAUGUAGAGUGAAUGUUUCUUGUAUGAUACAUCAAGUGCCAGCGCACAAAAAAAAAAACACUGUAUGGGCUUUGUCUUGUGGGAAGAAGGCAGAAAUGAAACAAUGCAUUGUUGUGUAAA